UGCCUGUGGGUUUGUGGCAGCACUGCUGCAGUAUCUGUUCCUCUCUGCCUUCUGCUGGAUGAUGUGUGAGGGGAUCAUGCUCUACCUCAUGUUGAUUGUGGUCUUCAGUCGACUCUCAAAGAAGUGGUGGUUCUUUAUGAUUGUUGGAUACUGCCCUCCUCUACUGUUUGUGGCUAGUGGACUGGCAGCACGUGUUGAGCACUAUGGAGUAUAUGGAGAUGAUGGAGAGCUUGCCUUCUGCUGGCUGUCUAUAAAGCAAGGGAGUAUCUUUGCAUUUGUGGCACCAAUGGUUAUCAUCAUAAUGAUCAACACAGUGUUUCUAGUGCUGGCUGUUAAAGUAUUGAUCCGCAGUAAGAGCCAGGCAAGGGCACUAAUUAACAAAGAAAAAUCCAUCAACAAAGCAGCGAAUAUAUUGAAAGCAACAGUCAUUCUUCUACCUCUACUGGGAGUGACCUGGUUGUUUGGUCUUCUCACACUCAAUAGCAACACAACAGUGUUUGCUUGGCUCUUCACUAUCUUCAACUCCCUCCAGGGACUUGCGAUAUUUGCUUUCCAUGUCAUCAGAAGCACACUGGUUUGGAACACAUUAACCUCUAUGUUCAAGAAGAAACCAAAGCCUUUGUCUAAGGAGAAAGCUUCAAGUUCCUCAGAUGGCCAGCAUUCAACGAAUCGACUUAAGGAACUUCUGCACAAAAAACCGCUAGACACCAAUGAAAACAUAUCUGUUGUAACAAGCAGUGCUCUAUUUACAUCUGUGGCAAGUGAAUCAGUAGCCAAUGAUGAAGUUAUGACUACUGACGAGAAGGGCUCGGACUACAUAGCAUAGGAGAAUGAUGAGAGCAGUACUCACCUAGACUGUUCUUGUGUGUCUAAACUAGAGUGUGUGUAUAGCUAUUUUCGUAUGUAGACACAACUUGCGGCAAUUAUUCUUUAUUCUACCCA